AUGUGGUCCGCCAUUCCAUUCAUCCUCAGCAGCAUCGCGAUCGUUCAGGUGCAUGCCCUUGCGUUGUAUCCUCGCCAAGACGCGAGCCCUGCUGUAUCGGUUAAUGGGGUGUCCCUAGUAACUCCCAGCACCACUGGCUCAACCAUCCUGCUCACCACGAGUGGGCGGCCAGCGAGUACGACGAUCACACUGCGCUCCGCGCCGCCAGUUGUCACCUUCCUUUCUGGUACUGUAGCCAUACGGACUGUCACCAUCACCAACGUGCUGCCGUACCCCACCGCUAUUACGUUGCGUUCGUCCUACAUCCCGACCAUCCCCAGUGUCAUCCCCACUCCGGGUGUCGGUGGUAGCACUCCACAGGAGUCCAACACGAGUACAGGGCUUAGUAACGGUGCUAAGAUUGCCCUCGGUGUCACUAUCAGCGCAGCUACGGUCGCAUUUGCGGCCCUUGCGUUCUUCAUUAUGCGAAGAUUACGCGAGAGGCGUACUGGCUCGAGUGCUGGUGUAUUUAGGAGGGAGAAGCGAGCCUGGGGCGCCCUCGAAGAUCAUGCCACUUCGAAGGGCCAGGGUGGUGAGGGACGAGGGACUAUGAAAGAGAAGGAACACAAUCAUAAGGAAUCGCUAUCCAAUCCCGCCCCCGCUGAUCCAUUCGCUUCUGAGCUUGAUGCUUCUGCUCCGAAGCGAGUUUGA